CGCAGAAGGCAGUGGAGGGAGUCUUGCCUUGUUUUGCGCGGGCGAUAAGAUGGACGAAGCCAGAGGCGGCCCCCAGCAGGAGGCGCAGACUACGGCGUUUCAACCUGUCACUGCUACUACCAGUGUGACGUGCGACGAAAAAAAAAUGAUCGCGGGUAGUGUGACUCCUGGUGUCGCUUCGACUGUGAAUGACAAUCUCGAGACGACGGAAGGUGCUCCUGUCUCCAGUAAGCCUUUGGUUGAAAGACAUGAUGAAUUGGAGGGUACGUGCGCUACAGGGGUGGAAGGUGAAUUGGUUGCAGCAACAGCUGCGACGCUAGUGCUGCUUGAUACACCGAUCAAAAACGAAAACGUCGAGACUAUGGAGACAGCGAGUGAUAGCAACAAGCGCGCUCAUGAGGAGGGCGUAGAAGACACCGCCUUGCAUGAAUCGCACUUACGAAAGCGCGCCGCUAUUGGAAAUGAUGAGAGUACCGUGCCGAGCUCCGGACAAACCACAGACGAAACUGUGGGCGACAGCUCAGAUGACGUUGAGAUGAUUGAGGCAAAGAAUGAGGAAGAACUUCUUGGUAACGAUACAAUUCACGCCAGUGAAGAAGACACUUCCACUCAUGAAGAGUUCUGCCGCAACCUUGACGUAAAUCAGCAAGUGGACGUGUAUGACGUGCGUACCAAGGAUUGGCUGGCAGCCAAGAUCGUGCACUUGGGUGAGGAUGGCUUCACUGUUCACUACAUGGGCUGGAAUGUCAAGUGUGAUGAAAAGAUAGCCAAAUCUAGCAGCAGCCGCAUCCAGGCUCGAGCCACAAAAGCUAUUACGGCGUGGGCAAAGCAUCAAGCCAAGAUCGACAAGCGUAAAGUUGAAAAGAAGGUCGAGGCUACACCAUCAGUGGAUGGUAGCCUUGGACGUCUUGGGGCGGAACAGCAGGAACUGGCACCGGCAUUUGUUCAAACUGGUCUCACUCGAUCUGGGCGUGCGAUUACUAAACGUGUUGAAAACGGAGCUCUUAAACCAAAGGCACCCCCCAAGAAGAAAAAGGACGCGGCGGUUGUUGAAUCUGGAUUCCCAGAAGAAGAUCUAUGCGGAGUAUGCGGUGAAAUCGAAGAUGAUGAACUUACGGACAUGAUUUUGUGCGAUGGUGGCUGCCUCAAAUCGUAUCACUUCUCCUGUCUGGGUAUCGAUUCGGCACCUGAAGGAAAGGAGUGGUUGUGCGAACAGUGUCGUACGAAUGAGCAGUUGUGUUUUUCAUGCGGACGCAAUGGAACGAUAAACGAGAAGGGAGUGGAUUCCAGUUUGCACCUCCCUUGGAUGUUUUUGCCAAAGCGCGACCCUGAUGCCAGCAACCCAAAUGAUUGUCAUCACUUUCGCCUAUUAAAGAAUAUUAUCGAGGAUGUUCGUCUACAACCGCCAACUUACCGCAAGUUGGGUCGCAGCAUCUACACGUUUAAACAGCCGAAGGUCUCGCUAGAGGAUGCGCCAACGUGUGUUUGCAAGGAAAGGUGCGGAGAUGACUGCAUUAACCGGCUGAGUUUUACGGAGUGUUUUGGACCAGCGCCGACUCCAGGAAUGAAGUUCAACAAGCACAAUAGAGAAUCAAACUGCAUGCUUGGCGAGAAUUGCGGGAAUCGCGCGCUUCACCAGAAGGUGUACCCGCGCUUCCAAAAGUUUCACACAGUCGAGAAAGGCUGGGCCCUCCGCCUGCUAGAACCUGCCAAGGCAGGACAGCUAGUGAUUGAGUACGUUGGAGAGGUUAUUAAUGAGGAAGAAAAGGAGCGCCGGCUGCUUGACCACGCGAAGAAUAGCCCUGAAGACAAGAAUAUGUACAUUAUGGAGCUGGGCAAGGGCGAGUACAUCGAUGCGCGAUUUAAAGGAAGUGUGUCCAGGUUUAUUAACCACUCGUGUGAUCCCAAUUGCCACUUACUGAAGUGGCGUGUAAAGGGGGUGAACCGAAUCGCUAUCACUGCAUUGAAGGACAUCGAGCCGGGUACUGAGUUGUCGUACGACUACCAAUUCCAUACCAAGCAGGCGAUGGAGUGGAAAUGCCACUGCAAGGCUAAAAAUUGUCGCGGAACCAUGGCACCGGAGAAAAUUAACCAAGCACACGAAUCGCCUGUGAAAAAGCUUACGAAAAAGGAGCAGAUCAAGCAGCGCAAGCGUGCUCUUAUGCAAGAAAAGCUUCAACAGGGGAAGGAAAUCAAGAGCACCGCUAGGCGCCUUUCCUUGACAGCUCAUGUCAGUAUGGGUGACCGAACUACUAUUGAAAAGAUGGCUGUUCGGACGGGCCCUGCAACGCGUGAGCUAGAGUGGGCUAAGUACUACCAUCUUUUCAACAUUCGAGAUGCUAAGCAUGGCUUCAAUUUCAAGCUCCGGAAAGAGAUGCGAGAUCUACGAAUCGCGCACCAGGAACAUGUAAAACGGGAGCUCGUUAGUGUGUCUGGCUCGACAACUGCUGCAUCAAGUCGAUCCGUAAGCCCAGCUCGUCUAUCGGGGAAUGACAUAAAAGCAGACCAACAAAAGGCUCCGGAGGAGCCGGCCGAGGACCGACAAGUGGUUACCCGGGGAGUGGUGGCCUCUGAGCCUUCACUGCCGAUGGAGAGCUUGACCGAAGAAGUCUCAGUAGAUCGGCAGGAGGUUGCGAAGGAAACCGUGGUCAAGGAAGAGUCCAUCAAAGAAAACUCGGUAGCCACCGAGCCGAAGGAAAAUCAGGCUGCAGAUUUGACACUUGGGUCGUGUUUAGUUUUGAACAGCUAUGCUCGUUCGUUGAUUUGA